UCUAGAGAAUCGUACAAACCCACCACCUAUGCUUUUAUGCACCGCUCACAUUCGUUUCUCUUAAAUUUUGGAGCUACGUAACCCCUCUAUCAUGGCAAACCAAAUCAACAUAGAGAGUGAUGCUCAAGAAAACCUUCUCCCCUCCUUCACCUCCACCACCUCCUCCUCUUCCUCCACCUCCUCCUCCUCCUCCACCUCUUCCUCCUCCACGAUAACGACAAAUUUCAAUUCAUUGACGGAUCAUAAAACCACACAAGUUUCUCUAAAUUCAGAUAAUUGUACAUCAAAAAAAGGGCAAAGGCCAAACAAUGAGAAAGAGCAAGGCAACAAGAAGAAGAGGCAGAGGACUACUAGUGAUCACAGUGAUGGCAAGCACCCGACGUACCGCGGCGUAAGAAUGCGCAGUUGGGGAAAAUGGGUGUCGGAAAUCCGCGAGCCGAGGAAGAAAUCGAGAAUAUGGUUAGGGACAUACCCAACUGCUGAAAUGGCAGCCAGGGCUCAUGAUGUGGCAACUCUAGCCAUCAAAGGUGUUUCUGCUUAUCUCAAUUUCCCUGAAUUGGCUCAAGCACUUCCCCAGCCAGACUCCAAGUCUCCAAAGGACAUCCAAGCUGCUGCUGCCAAGGCAGCUGCUGCUGCUGCUUCUGCUUCUGAGGAUAAGCAGCUUAUAUGUGAAGCAGAAACUAAAGAAGCGGAGCCCAAGCUCCCUAUAUCAACAAAUUCAACCUUGUCCAAUGCUCAAGAAUCAAGUAGCACUUGUGCUUCUGGUUCAACAGAUUACGAUGAUGAGAAAUUGUUUGACCUACCAGAUCUUUUCAUGGAUGGGAAAGAUGGAAGUGAUAAUUUUUGCAAUUAUUCUUCUUCAACUUGGCAUUUGUGUGCAGCUGACACUGGAUUCAGGCUAGGGGACCCAUUCUUAUGGGAGUAUUAGUUAGCCAGUACAGAUUAAGGACUGUAUUUUUCUCUUUUUUAUUUAAUUUAUUUUUAUCAAACAUAAAUAAUUAAGUUUCAAAAUUGAUCACAUUUGAUCACUUCAUGUUCCAAACAUAGGCACCAGGCCAAAUUCAGAUGAAUUAAUUGUGUGUUCCUCUA